AUGGCACAUAUGAAUCAGCAUCAAGAUCCCAAUUUUUACAACACCAUACAAGCAGAAAUAAAGGUGGAAAUCGAGGAUGAGCAAGAGACUGCACCGGCAGAAGAAAGACGCAGUUUCGAUGAAAGUGCACUAGGCUUCUUCAUGGAGGAACCCAGGUACCAAUGUAUUCCAUACCAGCAGGGUGAUAUGAACCUUGUGAUCUGCAUUAGUUUUUACAUCACCAACCCGAGCCAAGGGAGCUACCAAAGUCCAGGACAGCUACAGUUGGAGGGGAAGGAGACCUCAGUUGCUGGUAUCCCACAACCUGCUGAAGUCCCAGAGUGGGCUCAAGUCCCAGAGUGCGCUCAAGUCCCAGAGUGCGCUCAAGUCCCAGAGUGGGCUAAAAUCCCACUGUCUGCCAGAGUCCCACAUCCCCGGAGGAACACUCGACCAAGGAUCCGCAGGGGUGUCACACCCUGGCAGCUGAGCGAACUGGAGGGAGUUUUCAAAGAUGAUCAGUACCCUGGUGAGAUCACAAAGAAGGACCUUGCAAGGCGCCUAUAUAUGAAAGUAUCCGAAGUGCACUGUUGGUUUAAGAAGCGAAGAGCUAAGUAUAGGAAAAAUCAAAGAUUACAAAUGAUCACGGGUGCCCCUGAUGGUACUCAAAAGAUGUCUCACUAA